AUGGCUGCCAGCUCAACACCAACGCCCAAGAGGGCCGCUAAUACCCUUCUCGACUACUUCGAGAUGCUAUCGGUGCUUAUUUCAAACUUCCACACUGGACACACUCAAGAGGCACCUAAACCUCGUCUGACUGUUGAUGAUAAACCAUCACAGAUAUUCAGAGGAGAUACUGUCAGACUCGAAUGUCUCAUAAAUGGGAAUUUCUGGACAUACAAAUUGCAGUGUGGAGAUAAACCGCACAACUCUAAAUUGGAUGAGUUCAAGAUCACUGUAGAGCUCACACAGUCCUGCAAGUGUAAAGCCUGCAGAGAAUCAUUCUGCUCUGAAUGGAGUAAUGCUGUGACUCUGACUGUUUCAGAUGAUCCCAUUGUAACUGUAAAGCCCCAGAGUUCAGUGUUCACUGGAGACACAGUUACUCUGAUCUGUGAUGUGAGACGGUCAACUGCACGGAAAAUAUACUGGUUCAAAGACUUUAAGAGAAUAAAAAAUGGUUCUGAAACAGAAACUCUCUCUCUCUCUCUGAGAGAAGUGAGAGUCUCUGAUGGAGGAAGAUAUGCGUGUACUGGAAAUAGAAAGACCACACAAAGCCAAGGAGUCGAGCUAACAGUAAGAGAGAGACCCAAGCCUGUAGUGCGUGUCCAGCCUGAUGGACGUGUGUCCAGAGGACAGACAGUCACUCUCUCGUGUGACAUACAGCAGACAGACGUCAUCAACUGGAGCUACAGCUGGAAUAAAGAUGAUUCAGAGAUUCAUGUCAGUCAGUCUCAGGAAUACCGAAUCAGUUCUGUUAAUGAAUCUCACACAGGUGAUUACAGCUGCACUGGAAGAGAAACAGGAGGAUCACGAUACUCACACACCAGUGAUAAAGUUACACUCACUGUAUCAGGUUCUGAAGCCCCAUUGCUGCUUCUCUCAGCUCUCAAACUGCUCAGUUUUCUGCUGGCAGCUUCUCUAUAUCUGCUAGUGUCCAUCAUUCUGGGAGUCAAGUGCUACAGAGCUCAUGCUGAAUCAAAUGAGGUCAGUCAAUAUACUGUUACAAAGUGAACGUCUGCAGUCCUGAUGAAGAAAAAACAAAGUUUUUC